CUGCCAUACAUAGUCCUGCUGAGGCUUCCACCACCUCCCCUUCGAGUAGUCCUUCAGGGGCGCCACCAGCACACACGGAUGGGAGAUAGGCGGGGAUUUGAGCAUGGAGACCGGCUGGCUGGGCUUAAGAACUCACUGGGCUGCUGCCUGGCCGGCCCCUCUGCCUCGCCUUCCCCACAGCUGCCGCACCAGUAACAGGAAAAGCCUCAUCCUGACCAGCACCUCACCCACGCUGCCGAGACCCCACUCCCCGCUGCCAGGCCACCUGGGUAGCAGUCCCCUGGACAGCCCCCGUAACUUCUCCCCCAACACCCCUGCCCACUUCUCAUUUGCCUCCUCCCGAAGGGCGGAUGGUCGACGUUGGUCUCUGGCCUCUCUCCCUUCAUCUGGCUAUGGCACCAACACGCCCAGCUCCACCGUCUCGUCCUCCUGCUCCUCCCAGGAGCGCCUGCACCAGCUGCCCUACCAGCCCACCGUGGACGAGCUCCACUUCCUCUCCAAACACUUCGGCAGCACCGAGAGCAUCACAGACGAGGAUGGCGGCCGUCGCUCCCCGGCCGUGCGGCCCCGCUCGCGGAGCCUCAGCCCCGGGCGUUCCCCCUCCUCCUACGACAACGAGAUCGUGAUGAUGAACCACGUCUACAAGGAGAGGUUCCCGAAGGCCACCGCGCAGAUGGAGGAGAAGCUGCGCGACUUCACCCGGGCCUACGAACCUGACAGCGUGCUGCCGCUGGCCGACGGCGUGCUCAGCUUCAUCCACCACCAGAUCAUCGAGCUGGCCCGGGACUGCCUCACCAAGUCGCGAGACGGACUCAUCACCACGGUCUACUUCUACGAAUUGCAGGAGAACCUGGAGAAGCUGCUGCAGGAUGUGCGUGCACGCGGAGGCCGGCCCCUUCUCAGGCUCUGCACCCACGAAUCCUGUCCGAUGCCCCCACAUCCAUUCAGGAAGCACCUGCCACGUGCCAGGCACUGGUGUGGAGCUGAGGAUUCAGGGGUGGAAGAGAAGGACCUGGUCCCCAUCCUAGGUCUGAUGGUGGAGGCUGGAGUUUAACCUCCUUAACCUCCUUCAGGUCUCUCCUCAAAUGUCGACUUCUCAGGUGGCCUCCUAGACCCCGCCCCCCAUUUAAAAUCUCUAACUCUGCUCACACCACCGACUUAGUCUUUAGUUUCUCCUUAAUACUUAACAUGAUCUAUCAUAGUGGAUAUUUUUGAUUAUUUUUUUUUCUUGUCUCCUCUAUUCCAAUGUCAACUUCACAGGUGGGGUUGGGGCUUCUCUGUUCUGUUUACUGCAGUGUCCCUG